AUGCCAAUUCUCAUCGCUGUUUUCUUCGUGGUGUUCAUCAUUUUUGUUGCUUUGUUAUAUUUUAACGAGUUGAUAACCUAUUCGGGUUUAAAUAAUGGAGUAACACAACAACGUGAAUUAGCAGAAAGUGCUCGUUAUGUGACAACAGAAAGAGGUCGGGCAGGUGUUGAAAUAGUGAUUGAUAUUCCUGAUGAAAUUAAAGGCACAAACAGUGACUGUUGUAUCUGCUUAGGAGAAUUUGAUGAACAAGAAGAAGAAGAUGAUGAUGAUGAUGAUAUGAGAGAAGUGAUACUUGUUGCUUGCUGUCAUAGGUUUCAUGCUGCUUGUAUUACUCCUUGGUUAUUAGUACCAAAAAACGAGACAUGUCCCUUUUGCCGUACUUAUGUUACUGCUCUCGUCACAUAUGUUCGGCUUCAAGAUUUAAUCAAGACUAACAAUUACUACUAUAUAUGA